GUACUUUUAGAGGAAAGACAUAAAUUUAUUUCAUUUUUGAUAUUCGUUUUAAAAAAAUUAAAGACAUAAAAAUGGUGAUUAAUUUUGCUGCAGGUCCAGCGAAGCUACCGGAAGAAGUUUUGAAGGAAGUGCAACAAGAGUUAACAGACUACAACAACACUGGUAUGUCUAUAAUGGAAAUGUCUCAUCGAGGGUCAGUUUAUUUAAAAAUUAAUGAAGAUGCCAUGAAAUCAUGUCGAGAACUUCUAAAAGUUCCGGAAAACUAUAAAAUUCUAUUGAUGCAAGGUGGAGGAUCUGGACAGUUUGCUGCUGUAUGUAUGAAUUUAAUGGGUAAAACUGGAAGCGCAGAUUAUGCAGUUACUGGAACGUGGUCAUGGAAAGCCUACAAAGAGGCUCAAAAAUAUGGCAAUGCAAAUCUUGUUUUCCCAAAACCUGAAAAUUUUACAACUAUUCCACCACAAAAUGAAUGGAAGUUGAAUCCAAAUGCUUCUUAUUUAUAUUAUUGUGACAAUGAAACUGUUGAUGGCGUGGAAUUUAAUUUUGUUCCUGAAACAAAUGGCAUUCCACUCGUAUGUGAUAUGUCAUCAAAUUUUAUGUCACGAUCGAUCGAUGUUUCAAAAUUUGGAUUAAUUUUUGCUGGUGCACAGAAAAAUGUUGGACCUGCUGGUGUGACAGUUAUAAUUGUUCGAGAAGAUAUGAUUGGAAAUGCUAUGAAAAUAACACCAUCAGUUUUUGAUUAUAUGGAUGUUGCAAAAAACAAUUCUGUUAGCAACACGCCACCAACAUUUAUUAUUUACAUCAUGAGUCGUGUUUUCGAAUGGCUGAAACGAAAUGAUGGGGUCGAAGGGAUGAGCAAACUAGCACAAAAGAAAUCUCAACUGAUUUAUGGAACAAUAAACAAGUCGAAUGGAUUUUAUACUUGUCCUGUUGAUGAGCAAUAUCGCAGUCGCAUGAAUCUACCAUUUAGAAUUAGUGGUGGUGAUGAAGCAUUGGAAAAAGAGUUUUUGCAAAAGGCAGAAAAAGCUGGAAUGGUCCAGCUCAAGGGUCAUCGAAGUGUAGGAGGAAUUCGAGCAUCUCUUUACAACGCAAUCUCAUUUGAGAAUACUGAAACUCUCAACAAAUUUAUGAAUGAGUUUUAUGAAGGCAAAAAAUUGUCAUAAAAUUAUUAAUUCAUCUCAAUAAAUUAUGCCUUUAUUCCAUUAUGUUUUGGGAGCGAAAAAUAUCAUCUAAUUUAUCUUCUAAUUUCUUAUUUGUUCCUCUGCAAUUGUCGAUAACUUUCUUAGCCCAGAUAAAGUAUUCACUUGCUCUCUCUUUGGUCCAGCCCUCAGGAAUAGCUCUUUGAAGGUCUCGCAAAUUGUACAACUUAUCAGCCAACUUGACUAAUUUCGCAUUUGGACUUGCUGUUUUCGCAUGCUCAAUUUGAAGUUUUUUGCGCUCCAUUUUCGGAAGGUUCUUGUCAUCUGUCACUUCUUGUACAAUACUUUUAAUAUCUUUUCCAAAAUGUUCUUCAAUUUCCUCAAAUGAACAGUCUGUGUCCUCAACCGUAUCAUGAAGAAUGGCUGCCAUCAAAACAUUCAAGUCUAUUACAUCACCUUCGUUUGCGAGAAUAUUUGCGACACCAAUCGGAUGAUUAAUAUACGGAGUCUUUUCCUUAUCCUUGCGACGUUGGGUGCUGUGCUUUAUAGCAGCAAAAUUUAAACAUUUUGUAUACUUUUUGACAGCUUCCGAAUCCAUUUCCCUAUUUUUUUUUUUUAAUAUUAAAAACAGAUUAAAACCUUUAUACCUAGAACAUUAGAGUUC